AUGAACUGGGAAUGGGACGUGUCAGAAGCGCAGCUGAAAUAUUGUUUUGGAUCAUGCCAACCGAGGAAAAUCUUCCCCUUCUUCCACCCUCCAACCAGACUAGGUAUUAAGAAUGUGCCCCUUAUGGGGGCACCUCACAGAGGACCUGGAUGCUACUUUAACGAUGAGAAGAAUAACCUGGCAUACAACCUUGCUAAGGUCCCUAUGAGUAAUAAGGGCUAUAUCAUUGGAUCCAGGACGAGCCAGCGAUUUAAAGCGGAUCGUAAGGAGGUGAAGCCCAGUCCACGUUCAUAUGACUUACAGAAAAUUAAGUCCCAAUGUGCUCUUCCUCCUUAUGCUCCGUUUAACUCCAUCUCAAAUCGAUUUGAUGAGAGAGCCACAGACUCAUCUUACUUUCCUGGCCCUGGAACCUACAAUCCAGAGACCGCGAUUUCCCGGAAAGUCACUUGGCCAAUGAAAUUUGGGUCUCCAGAUUGGGCUCAAGUGCCAGUCCUAAAGAAAAGGACCCUAAAAACUGAGCUGAUAACAGACAAAGAAUUCAGGAUACAUCGGAACCGAGUGGCCUACCUAAGCCUAUAUUACCGCUGA